AUGGAACCACUCAUUGUCCGGGAUGAGUCGGCGCCUCCGACUCACUCCGGGAGGGCCACGGGGCUUGCGGGACCCGGCGGCUCCUCCGGCGGCCCCAUAAAAGCUCCGGCGGAGCCCGGGACGCUCCGGCCGCCUCUGGAAGCGCUUCCCGCCCCCGGGAGUUGGGGCCCCGUGGCGCUGUCCCCUGGCGUCCCCUUCCCGCCUCAGCGGUGGCACUCCACCACCUGCAUCCCCCAGGCCGCGCCCGGCCAGGUGGUGCCCCUGCAGCGGGCCACGUCCUCCAGCGCGUGCCACCAGCAGAGCGUCACCCAGGCCGUGCCACCCCGCCAGCUCCACGGACCCCUCCUGCAGCAGCAGAUUGUCCCCAGGCGGGUGACAACGUGCGCGCCACCGCAGCAGCGCGUGACCGGCGGCGCGGGUGUCACCUGGAGCGUGCCACGCCAGCUGGGGGUGACCCAGUGCGUGCCACAGCAGCUGCGGGUGCCACAGCACUGCCCGCCCGUCCCCCAGCAGCAGAAGGUUGUCCCCAGGUGUGUCACCACCUGCGUGCCGCAGCAGCGCGUGACGGGCGGCGCGGGCGCCACCGGCGUCACCCAGUGCGUGCCGCAGCAGCUGCAGGUGCCACCGCCCCAGUGCGUCCCCCAGCAGCAGCAGAAGGUUGUCCCCAGGUGCGUCACCACCUGCGUGCCGCGGCCGCCGUUUGUCACCAAGGGCGUCCCGCCGCAGCAGAGUGCCACCAGGUGCGUCCCCCAGCAGUGCGUGACCAGCGUCUGUCCCCAGCACGGUGUCCCCACGUGUGUCACCACCUGUGUCCCCCAGCAGCGCGCGGCCCGGGCCGUGUCCUACCAGUGGGUGACAGCGCCCGUCCCCCAGCAGUGGCAGAGUGUGACCGCCGGUGUCCCCCAGCAGUGGCACGGCAGGUGUGUCACCAAGUGUGUCCCGCAGCAGUGUGACACCGGCGGGGCCAGCAUUUGUGUCCCGCAGCAGCAGCAGAGUGGGACAAUUUGUGUCCCCCAGCAAAGUGCCACCAAAUGUGUCCCUCAGCAAUAUGGGACAGUUUGCCCCCAGCAAUGUGUGACCAAGAGUGUCCCACAGCAAAGUGCCACCAAAUGUGUCCCCCAGCAAAGUGCCACCAAGUGUGUCCCCCAGCAAAGUGCCACCAAGUGUGUCCCCCAGCACUACGGGACAAUCUGUGUCCCCCAGCAGUGUGUGACCAAGAGUGUCACUCAGCAAAGUGCCACCAAGUGUGUCCCCCAGCAAGGCAUGGCCAAGUGCGUCCCCCAGCAAAGCGCCACCAAAGGUGUCACACAGAAAUAUGGGACAGUUUGUGUCCCCCAGCAAAGUGCCACCAAGUGUGUCCCUCAGCAAAGUGUCAAGUGUGUCCCUCAGCAGUGUGGCACAAUUUGUGUCCCUCAGCAGAGUGUAACCAAGUGUGUCCCCCAGCAAAGUGCCACCAAAUGUGUCCCCCAGCAAUAUGGGACAAUUGGUGUCCCCCAGCAAUGUGUGACCAAAUGUGUCCCCCAGCAAAGUGCCACCAAGUGUGUCCCCCAGCAAAGUGCCACCAAGUGUGUGCCCCAGCAGUGCGUGACCAAGAGUGUCAUUCAACAGAGUGCCACCAAGUGUGUCCCCCAGCAAAGUGCCACCAAAUGUGUCCCUCAGCAAUAUGGGACAAUUGUUGCCCCCCAGCAAUGUGUCACUAAAUGUGUUCCCCAGCAAAGUGCCACCAAAUGUGUUCCCCAGCAAUAUGGGACAGUUGGUGUCCCCCAGCAGUGUGUCACUAAAUGUGUCCCCCAGCAAAGUACCACCAAAUGUGUCCCUCAGCAACAUGGGACAAUUGGUGCCCCAGCAAUGUGUGACCAAGUGUGUCCCCAGCAAAGUGCCACCAAAUGUGUCCCCCAGCAAUAUGGGACAAUUGUUGCCCCCCAGCAGUGUGUCACUAAAUGUGUCCCUCAGCAAAGUGCCACCAAGUGUGUCCCCCAGCAAAGUGCCACCAAGUGUGUCCCCCAGCAAAGUGCCACCAAGUGUGUCCCCCAGCAAUAUGGGACAAUUGGUGUCCCCCAGCAAUGUGCCACUAAGUGUGUCCCCCAGCAAAGUGCCACCAAAUGUGUCCCCCAGCAAAGUGCCACCAAAUGUGUCCCCCAGCAAUGUGUGACCAAAUGUGUCCCCCAGCAAAGUGCCACCAAGUGUGUGCCCCAGCAGUGCGUGACCAAGAGUGUCACUCAACAGAGUGCCACCAAGUGUGUCCCCCAGCAAAGUGCCACCAAGUGUGUCCCCCAGCAGUGUGUCACUAAAUGUGUCCCCAGCAAACAAUGUGUGACCAAGUGUGUCCCCCAGCAAAGUGACAAGUGUGUGCCCCAGCAAUAUGGGACAAUUGUUGCCCCCCAGCAAAGUGCCACCAAAUGUGUCCCUCAGCAAAGUGCCACCAAAUGUGUCCCUCAGCAAUAUGGGACAGUUUGUGCCCCCCAGCAAUGUGUGACCAAAUGUGUCCCUCAGCAAAGUGCCACCAAGUGUGUCCCCCAGCAAUAUGGGACAAUUGGUGCCCCCCAACAAUGUGUCACUAAAUGUGUCCCCCAGCAAAGUGCCACCAAGUGUGUCCCCCAGCAAAGUGCCACCAAGUGUGUCCCCCAGCAAAGUGCCACCAAGUGUGUCCCCCAGCAGUCCGGUGGAGUGAAGAUCUCCAGCCACGCCAAGAAAUACUGCUCGGCCCCCAAGUGGCCCUGGUGA